ACAAUGCCGACAAGAUGGCCUUUGGCAGGCUGAUAGCUUCUGACGAGAGUAUGAUCGGAGCCGUCUACCUUGGUCCCCGGCCGCACACCUCCACUCCAUCACACUAUGCGGUUGCUAGGCAACAGAUCUCAGUAGCGGCCUGGGAUUGGUGGAGGGCGCUGAAUUAAUGGUGAGAAUACUUCUGUCAGUACACAAUGUUCUAGCCAAGCUGCAGCCCACUGUGAAACCAAGACAGGGAAGAUUCUUUUAAAAAAUGAAAGAAAUACAAACAUCCUCUGUCCCACAUAAUUACUCGAGCAGAGCAGAUUUAAAGAAGCUCUGGAGAAAUGCUUGUGACAAAGCAGAGAGGUUGGAGAGAGGAAUGAGAGACUCUGUGUUUUACAAGUGUUUGUUUGUGUGGGAGGCACAGCUCUGCUUCCUCCAGGCUCCUUCAGCUGAAAUUCCCCGUUGUCUUUUAUGUACAGUUGCAGCACAACGCUCACUGUUACUAAUAUUUGUUAUAUUUCCUCCCCAAGACCUGAAUUUGCAUAAAUUUUUGGGUCUUGUAAUGGUUGUGUGAUCAUCAUCAUCUCUCAUGAAACAAAGCAGGACUUCAUUGCAGUUUUUUGGGGGGUUUUUUUGUAAAUCAAAACAGCUCACUUUUUUUUUUUUUACUAUGAUUGCUCGUUGAUUUCAUUAAACUAAGAGGGGUCCCAUAAAUGUGGCCUUCACAGACAGACACAUUGCUGUCUCAUUUCAAAGCAGUCAUCCAUUAUUAAGAAGAGAAAUUCCCCUUCUGCAUACUUCACCCUACCUGCAGAAGCCCUCACAGUGGUUAUCUGUAGUGACGUAGAAGCUUUUAUCACAAAUUGCUACAAAAAUAUCUCCUGCAAAGCCAGUUCGCAGGUUUUAUCUUUCUGCACACAGUUCCCAUUGUGUUGCUAUGAGAACCUGAAGCUAAUUACUAUGAUUUACUGAUGAUUAGAGAGCUGAGCAGAGAUUUUGUCAUUACAUUACCACUCACUGCCAGAACCCGACCGUGGUUUCCAGGGAAACUGGAAAUGUGAAGCUUUUCAAUAGACACAGCCACAGCCUAAAGAGCGAGGAUUGCCUAAGAUAGAUUCUUCUAGAGACAAACCUGUAGCCACUGCAAUCAGUAUCAAUCAACAGGGGAGAUGUACGGACAGAUGCUGGUCUCAGUAAAUGGUGAGAUUUCUGAUGUUUGACCCAAAACUGAAGGAGAGUUGUGGAGAAGCUUCAGUCUGACUUAGACUGCUGAGGUAAUUCUGCCACUUUAAUGCAGAGACAGAAUGGGGAGUCUUAAAGAUGAGAUGAGGGGUCUCAGGGAGGACCACCAGCCUUGUGAGAAGAUGGAUGAUGGAGGUUCAGAAAGCAGCACUGCACCUGAAGGAAUGCAGCUAAGCACAAGUCAAGAGUCAACAACUCAAGAGGACUGUCAGCCAAAACUACACGUGAAUGCCGGUUCUGUUAAGGAGAAAGAUAAAGACCUAAUAUCCAAAGAUCCAGCACUCUCAGGAGGGGAUUGUGACUACACUGACCAAUCAGACUCUGAACAGGUUAAAGACUCUACACAGACUGAUGACAUGCCUCAGAUACACCAGCCAGAAGCUGAUACAACAGCAACACAUGCUGAAACGACAAUCUCUAUUAAGCUGCUGAGUGAUGGAGAUGGAGAAAUUCAAGAGGAAAAGAAUGAGGAUGAAACCAUAAAUCAUGACAGAGAGAAAGAUGCAGACAUUGAGAAUGUCUUGGUUCCUGUGCCAUCGACUCCAGAUCCCAUCGACCCACGUUCCCCAGCCCCUUUUGGACAGCACCACAUGCGCACACAGGUGAGCCUGGAGGUGGUCCAGUGCCGCUCAGCAGCCACCAGCCCCAUGACCCCUCCAGAGGGCGGCCAUUCCUUCUUCUUCCCAAAUUCUUUUGGGAAAUCUGGAUCCGUGGGUAGUGACACUAAAGAUGCCGAGCUACAGGUGGGUCGGCAAGUGGAGUUCUGCUCUGUUGCCACGUCCCCCAUGACCCCGAAGACGCCAUCGACCACGGCUUUCCCAGAGCUCAUCGGAAGAGAGACGGAGAAAGUGAGAAAGAGUGAGGAGCAGAAGGACAGCUGCCAACAAGAGAGUUUCCCUGCAACCAAAAGUCCAGCAGAAGCUGAGUCAGAAAUAAAUGGAGUUUCGAAAUUUACCACAUCAAAGGAGCUGAGUGAAGGCGUCAGCUCAAAUGUGUCUCCAGAGACCACCACCAAGUGCCUGGCUGCUGGGUUAAUAGAUUCACAAGCAACUCUGGAGGACAGGAAUCAGCCCUGUAAGCAGCAGAGGAUGGGAAGUAUGGAUCAAGACAUUACAAUCUUAGUGACCCACUACGGCAACAAUGGGGAGGAAGAUGAAAAUAAGGUUGAGUCGAAUUUUUGUUCUAUUGAACCUGAGAUGGUCAAAAUAGAUGAAUAUGAUGAAGCCGGAGAAAACGGCAGUGAUGUAAAGAGGGAGGAUGGAAAGGAAACGAUCUCGGCAGAAACUAAUCAUGAACAGGACACUUCAAACACAAACCAUCCAGAAAACCAGGCUGACGAACCAAAAACAUGCGUGGAACAUGAAACAUCACAGGUUAAAGAAAAGAACGAUGCAAGUGAAGAGUCGAGAGAUGUUUCUGUGACAAAACCUCUCGUCCCCGAAUCACCAGCUCCAUUUGGCUGCCACAAUAUUCGCACUCAGGUGAGCCUGGAGGUGGUGCAGUGUCAGUCUGCAGCUACCAGCCCCAUGACCCCUCCUGAGGGGGACCAAGCCUUCUGCUUCCCCAGCUCCUUCGGUAAAUGUGCGACGGUGGGCACAGAGACCAAAGAUGCUGAGCUGCAGGUGGGCCAACAAGUGGAGUUUCGCUCUGUUGCAACGGCGCCCAUGACACCGAGAACCCCCAUCGCCACGACUUUUCCAGAAGUCAGGAAAGAGAGCAGUAUAGAGGAGAAGAUACUGGAGGAGGAGGAGGAUGCAAAGGAGCAGGUGGUGGAGGACAAAGAGGAGGAGAAAGUCACUGAGGAGGAAAAGGAGGAAGCAGCCGAACGGGACAAAAAGGAGACAAUAAACUGUAAGGAGAAAGGUGAGGAGAAAUGCGAGGAGCCGGUGCAGGAGGUGAGCUGGGAUGAGAAAGGGAUGACGUGGGAGGUGUACGGAGCUGUGGUGGAGGUGGCUGUGCUGGGCUCGGCCAUUCAGAAGCACCUUGAGAAACAGGUGAAAAAGCAAAAGAGGCAGUCCACCCUGCCUCCUCCUCCUCCGCUCAACCCCUCGGCCAUGCCCCUCGAGUCGGCCCAGGGUGGGGGUUCCGGUUCGGGUUCAGGUUCGGGGAAGGGCCGGGCCGGGAAGAGAGGGGGGCAGGACGGGAAAGUGAGCCGACGCAGAAGAAACCCCUUCCGCCUGCUGAUGGAGAACAUGCAGCAGCCACACUGUUGCUCCAGAGCUCACACCACCGAGUGACAGGAGAGAUCCACAGCGGGUUGGAGGACAAAUUCUGUGCUGGAAAAUCACAUGGCAUCUGAAAUAUGCGGCUGUGAUUCAGUGAAUCCAGUGGUUCACUUCAACGUGAUAUUGUCCUGACAGUGUGAGAGACAAAUCACAAGACAAACAAGCACAAAAGCAUUUCCUAGACAAUUUGUACCAUGAAGCAUUAAUCGCUGAGCCAUACAAUAGUAUUUUCAUUGGGUUUCUUUUCUUGAUCUUUCUUUUUCACUUAUUUCCUGUGACGUCUCUCUACACAGACUGACAGAACAAUGGACUCCAUGUUUAGGAAAAUGAGAAUGAUACGUCAGUGUUAGCUCAGCUCUUCUCCUUUAAUGUUUUUCACUCAGACCAUUCAGUUGUCCAGUGAGUCAUUUUAGCGGUUGGUAGAUGCUUUUUUUAAUACACCUCGGAUAAAAUGAAGCCAUGGCAACCAGUGUUCCUUCUCCUGGCUGCUGACAAGCUUAACGAAGCUUUGAAAGAGUGUGACGAUAGUAGAGUGACAAUGUUUGAGAGUGAUUUUUGACCUUGUGGUCUGUCAGUAGAAUGUGGAGGUAAUUCUAAUCUAAAUGUUACCUUGAUCUGUGUGUAAGAGGAGUCUCUACCAUUAAUGCAGGCUUUUGUAUGUUCUGCUUUUAAAUUUGUUAGUGUUUUGACUUGUUCGUAACGUGAAAAAUAUAAACACUGUACCGAUGACGCGCACAAUCAUCUUUUGAGAAAAGUAACUACGCCUGAUAGCAGGAUAUUUUUAGUCCUUACCACUUUGUGUAUUUUAAUGCCAUGAUUAGUGAUUCAGUUGUACAACUUUGUGAUGCAAAUUUAUUUAAAUGUGCUUUAAUUCUGAGGUUGUUCGCAGUGUCAGUGAUGUUGGUGUUCAUACAUUAACCUCAUAAAAGUGGGAUCAAAUCCACAUUUGAAGGAAAUUGUUUUAUUCACAGAUUGCACUUGUGACAAAUUCAUUUGUCAGUUAACAGUAAAAUAAUCAUUUUAAUCUGCUGCUUGUAGGAAGUCACAAAGUCACUUUGCAUGAGGUUUUACUGCUGCAACAAGUGUGUCAAACUCCAAGCAAAUACUGACAAAUCAGACAUGCAUAAGACUUUGGCUGACAGGCAGUCAUAAAUAAGAAUCUCAUUCAUAUACUGACAUUAUGCAAUAUUCGUGUCUUUUUCUCUUAAUUUCUAGCAGCAUCCUCUGCAACAAAAAUUACCUUUGUAUGUCAAAAUAACUUAUAAUACAGUUUAUUUCAAAGCAAACCAAACACUCUUUAAACCACUGCUUAAUAUAUUAACAAAAAUAAAGUGAUUCACAUGUGCAACAAACGGU